AUGUUAAGCAUUAUUUUGAUUUAAUUAGUAAUAGGACUUAGUGAACGUCCAAAAAAUAUUAGUGAAUUGUCCAAGAUACUGUAAAAUUAUGAAUACAAAGGGUAAUGGACAUCUUAGAAAAAGGAAUAAUAAUAAUUUCAAUACAUGACAGUUGAAUAAGGAGAUGCUUAUAUGAUAUUCUUAUCAAAUAGUACAUAACAAAAUAAGAAUGAUCUAAUCGAUAGACUUGAGUUUUAAUUGCUUAAUCCCAUAUAUCCAGAAAAUAGACAGGUAUUAGGCAUUUUUUAAUUGACAAAUUAUUCUGAUAGUGAUAUGUAAAGAAUGAUUAAAUGUUAGUUCAUUCGAGAACAUCAGUGUCUUGAACUACUCUACAGCCUACAAAUUCAGAAGAACACAUAAUUCAAAAGAGAAUUGUGAAAUAGCAUAUACUGUCAAUAUUGAAUUUGAAAGUGAAAUUUAUGAUGAGAAACAUACUAAGAUUAAAGUACAUUUGUAUACUCAUAAUAAUUCAUUGGAUUUAAGUUGUGAUGUUGAUAUUGAAAUGGAUUUAACUCUAGACACAACAAAUUAUUUAUUAAGGAUUAUUAUGUAUUGUACAAUGUCUGUGAUGAUAUGUUUUACUUAAUUCUUAUUUGUAACUAAGCUCUGUAAGGCUUUAAUUGAGAAUUUGGAAGACUCUAACAAAGUAAAAUACUCAAAGUUAUAUUAGAUUUCAUUUUUUGCAGUUGGUUAUUUGACUGUUCAAGAUUCAUACAUAUGUCUACAAAAUCUCUAUAAAGCAUUAAUUAAUUAUGUAAAAUAUAUGAUCAAUUCUAGCAAUACUUCUAAUAUUUCAUUUUACCUGCUUUCUUUUACUUCUUAUUGGCAACCACUUGUGACAUGAAAUUAAUUUGGAUAGUUUGGAGAAGUCGACAUUUAGAAGAUCUAUUUGAUUAAUAAAGAAUGAGAAGAGCAAUCACUUACUUCUUUGUUUAAUUCUGUAAACAACACCAAAUUAAAUUAGAUUUCAGUCUCAUCAUUUAUUUUGUAUUGAUGUACUUCCUUUCCACUUAUAAUUGGUUUAUUUGUAUAACUGGCUUAAUUCUACUUCCACAAAUUAUCCAUAAUAUACGUCUUGGUAAUAACUCUAGAUUCAACUCUUAUUUUGUAUUUGGUAUCUUGGUUCCAAGUAUGUUCUAUUAAGUAUAUAAUUAAAAUAUUUUAGAUCUAUAAUAGAGGAUGUCCAAGUAAUUUUCAGGGUCUUGAGCCUUCAUUACUAUUUUGUAUGAUCUAUUUAAGUGAAUACUUACUCUAAAUAAUUGUCCUCUAUAUCCAGUUUAAAUUGGGCCCAAGAUCAUUUAUUCCUAAAUGUUUCCUACCAAAAUAAUACAAUUAUUACAGAGUACUUAAUAUAGAAGAGGAUUAUGUACCAAUCAUCCAAUCAUUUUAAUUAGGAAGAAUGUGCAAUAUGUUUGACUUCAUUAAUUGAAGAUCCCUUUGAUUAAUAAGUGCCCACUGAAAAAUUAAUACUCAAAUAGGCUAUGUAAACUCCUUGUCAUCAUUGGUUCCAUCCAUCUUGUCUUCGCAGUUGGAUAAAUAUCAAAAUGUAAUGUCCUACUUGUCGUUCAGAAUUACCGCCUCUAUUAGAAUGA